AUGACCUCCUCCACUGAUGAUUCUGGUGACAUCUCUGCAGAGUUGUUAUGCCAGUCCACUACACCUACAAGCUCUGCAACUCAGACCAAAAGCAUGCCUGCACUGUCUCAAUCUGGUUCUACAAGUGCUCCUGACAUCCACACUUCCUGUCCAACUCGAGCCUCUAGAUCUGCCACAGGCAAGAAGAACUUGACAUGGUCGGGUGCCAAUGUUCUUCACCUUGUCACAAUCCUCUACAACAACAACUCCUACCAGCACACUCUGCUGCCAUCUCGAGAAUCGGCUGAGAGUGAUCCAGCCCUCAAACUUCACAAACAUCCCAUUUUUCGGGAUAUCUCCAAGAUGAUUUUCCCAGGUGCAUCUGUCGAUCCCAAUUGCAUCAAGUCCAAGCUGAGGUGGCUGCUAGAGACAUACUACAGGGAGAAGAAGAAGCUUUCACCCACUGGAGCUGGUACACUGCUGGAGGACAUGGAUGCAUCCAACCCAUAUGCUUGGUUUGAAAGGAUGCACGAGAUGAUGAAUGGCCGAUUCAAUGCUGAUCCUGCAGCACUUAUCACAACUCCCAGUCUUGACUUCACCAGUGAUGACAAGCCUGACAUGCCUUCAAAUGGCACAGCUGACAUACCCAUGGAUAUUUGUGGCAGCGAGCUGUAUGAUCACAGCACUCACGGCUGUGGUUUGCCUCCUAUUCUUGACUUGAUCGAACCCACCAACCCCCUGGCUGCUGUUGCAUCCACUUCUGGUGCAUCCUUUGCUGGCGCUGGUGAUGAUGACAUCUUUAACACACCUUCAUCUCCACCUUUGCAGGCUCAACCACCUUCCUCCACUGCUGGCGGUUUGGAUGUCUCUGAUUCCACCUCUUCUCAAUCUUCAGCCCAGCUCUCUCCCAGCACCAAGCACAAGCGAGGUGCCCUUGAUCACAAGCAUGACACACUUGCUGAAGCUUUCUAUCAUUCUUCCAUUGAUACCCUUCAGAUCUGCCUGCAGCUUGAACAGGAAUGCACCAGACACAAGAAAAUACUGGAGGCUGAGCAUACCAAGCGCAAGGAGAUGCACCUGCAUCACAAGAGGGAGGAGAAAGAGCACAAUGAAUGUGUUUGCACAUGUGAUCAUGAAAUGGUGAUGGAGAUGGUGCGCCUCCUUGCUUCUCAGGCCAGCAUCAAACAGGAUGCUUGUCAGAACACCAGCAACAACAACAACAACAUGGACUCUUCAUUCAAUUUUCCUGUCUUGUAG